UAUGCGCGCAAAAUUAUUAUUUUCCAUAUAGCUUUUAUUAUAUUUUUACUAGAAAACAAAAUCGAUUUUCAUUCAGCAUGAAAUUGCUUGCUAUUAAAGUUAUUUAAAACAAAAAACGGUAAAAUGUUUGCUCGAGAAUAACGAAUUGCUUGUCAAAAAGUUUUUUCUUUCAUUCCGUAUUUCUUGCAGCUAGUUCCACAUUUCAAUAAAACAUAGUAUCAUUGAUUUUAUAACAUGUGAAUGAAAUAUAUGUUAUAAAUUCCUUGUUUAUCGUUAAUUAAGAAGAAAGCAACGUGAAAAGAUACGUUGAUAUUUUCGUUUCUACAGUUUUACCGGAUAUUCGGUGAAUUUAACCGACAUGCGCGCGACGUUGGUAAAGAAUGACGUCAGGCGUAGUAAUACACGCUAAGAGCGCAUGGCGAGUGGAGCGUCUGCAGAGGCUGCGCGAAGUGGGAACUGCUUUCGAUUGUUGGCGGGCGCCGCCAUCUUGGUCAGUGAGCUUGCGAGUGGCUGUACGACGAGGUGUACGUAUUUCGGUGAAACGAGUAUUUGGUGCGAUUUCCCUGAAAUCUUUCGUCUACCCGUGAAAUCCACGAGCAUCCAAGAUGUCGGAACGGGAGGACAACGUUUAUAAAGCGAAAUUGGCUGAGCAAGCGGAGCGCUAUGACGAAAUGGUCGAGGCGAUGAAGAAGGUCGCCUCGUUGGAUGUGGAGUUAACCGUCGAAGAGAGGAAUCUUCUUUCUGUCGCUUAUAAAAAUGUGAUUGGCGCGAGAAGGGCAUCCUGGAGAAUAAUCUCUAGCAUCGAACAAAAGGAAGAGAACAAAGGUGCCGAGCGGAAACUAGAGAUGAUCCGUCAGUACCGAUCUCAGGUUGAAAAAGAGCUGAAAGACAUCUGCGCCGAUAUCCUCGGAGUUUUAGAUAAACAUUUGCUCCCAUGUGCAUCUACUGGCGAAUCGAAAGUCUUCUAUUAUAAAAUGAAGGGUGAUUAUCACCGUUACCUUGCUGAAUUCGCCGUUGGCAACGAUAGGAAGGAAGCCGCAGAGAAUUCUUUGGUCGCUUAUAAAGCAGCAAGUGACACCGCCAUGACGGAUCUACCACCAACUCAUCCCAUCCGCUUAGGAUUGGCACUCAACUUUUCCGUGUUCUAUUAUGAGAUUCUCAAUAGCCCUGAUAGAGCAUGUCGUCUUGCGAAGGCAGCCUUUGACGACGCGAUCGCGGAACUAGACACCUUAUCCGAGGAGAGUUACAAAGAUUCUACCCUCAUUAUGCAGCUUCUUAGGGACAAUCUUACUCUAUGGACGUCAGACAUGCAAGGAGACGGGGAGGGCGAACAAAAGGAGCAGUUGCCAGAUGUGGAAGAUCAGGACGUAUCGUAACUCUAACUGUAGUGAGUGUUAUAUUGCGUAUAUAAAACUGAAAAAACACAAGAAAGCAAAAAACUCUUAAUAACUUGUAAGCAAACUUGUAAGAAAACAAUUCAGCAGGUGGCAGUUCGGGGUGGGAAGGGGAGAUCUUUAACGAUUGCGUGUUCUAAGCACGCACGUACGGUUAUUCCAAAAAAAAAAAAAGAAAAUACAAAAAUGAAAAAAAAAAAUAUCAUUCGAAAUAAUACACACUAAAUUACGAAGCGCGCAGAAAAGUUAUAAAAUAAAAGGACAUACUCAUUACGCAGUUAACAGAAAAGCUGCAAGAGCAUGUGGAGAGGCAUUAUUCUUUGCCUUCUUUGCGUAUCGAGAAGAAAAAAAGAUGCUGUCUCUUUCAGUGUACGAUGUCGAGAACGUUUGAGUUGGCGCCGACUGAUGCAGCGCGUAGUAUAUAUUCAAUCAUAGUAAUAAAACCAGAAAAGCACGGAAUGAAAUAAAAAAAAAAAAAAAAAGAAUAUGCGCUAAUCCAGUCGGAAUAAACUCUCAUUUUUGUUUGCUCCAGCGAGUGAGAACGAAUAGCAUUAUCCUCUCCGCAAUGUUUUAUCAAUAACGAAUUAAUGGCUCGACGUCGAUCGAAAUGCAUAUUGUGUUCGUUUGUUUUCACCCCACCCCCAAUCUCCUCCUCCUCGUCCUCUUCCCCGCUUUUUUACUGCGCGCAUCAUUAUUCUCGCAUACUAUGAUAAAUAACGAUAUUAUUAAUGUAUGCGUGUAAAUCGAGUGUAAAUCAUUCGUUUAUCUAAGGGAUAAACCCGUCUCUUCCAGAGCUGGAGUUACAUGGUUGAUCGACAACUGACUAAACAGUUAAGAUAGAACCAUGCACCUUCAUCUCUGUUUUCUGUAUAAGAUAUUAUGAAUGUACUUCCGACGAAGUCCCAGUUUGCAAAGCAAGUAAUUUCAUACAUCAUAUACAUAGGUCUUGAGCAUGGGUUCUCUCGUAUAGUUACUUGUAAACUAUUCAAGAACAUGUGCUUACCGCGAAAGCGAUGUACUUAAAAAAAGAAAAAAAAAAAUGCAAUAACAUCUUGUCUUACGUUAAGUCUGGCUUUCGCAGUAUCAAAUUUUAUGUUAAGUCGAAAACAAAUUCUUUUAAUUUUGUGAGUAAGAGAAAAUAUAUAUUCGCUAUUCUCGUCGUAAUAGAUAUUCUUUCAUAUACCAAUCAGUUGUGUCCCUCUGUGACGAAAGAGCAAUCUGAUCUUCGAAAGAAGGCUGAAAAAAAAUCAUGGUUGAUAAGCAUUUUUAAUACGAAAAAGAUAAAAAAAAAAAAGGGAAGAGAAAUUAUGUUUCGCAGACAGAAAAUAGCAGGAAACAAGUAACUACCUAGCUAGUCUGUAAUUGUGGUUGUACUUUUUCAUACGCCUCUUCUGUAAACUAUAACGAUCGCUGUGGUAUAACAAAUUACAGAAUAAACAAUUGUAUCCCGACUCGUUCUUCACCCGCGCUCACUUUCGCUAUUAUCACUGUCCUCGAUUCCACUAUAUCUUAGUUGAUCUUAGCCAUACGUCCAUUCACCUUUUUAUCGAUGAACCGUUCCGUCGAUUUUAGCUUAUGAAAAAAAAAGAAAAGAAAAGAAAAGAAAAAUAAACGGGAAACAUUCCAAUAAAAACGCUAAGAGAGGCUUCGUUUAUUAUUAAAAUCCGUGAAAUUUGCGCAUUUUGAAUAAAAUAGUUUAGUAAUACAAUAGAAUUAUUUGUUUGUCGAGAUAAAUAUUAUUGGUUGAAAAUUUGUGCGAUAUAAACAAAUUUUUAAACAAAAAACAUCUUUAAGUGCAAUGUUUCUGUAUUCAAUAAUAGAAUAUUAAUAUUUUGCUUGAUGAUUAAAAAUGCAAAGAAAUCAUAUACUGCAUAUUUCAAUCGUAAGUUUCUGCUUUUCACUGUGUUACAUAUUUCAAAACCAGUUUUUUUCGCGAUUAAAAGAUAUCGAAGAUGUUUCGUGAACCGUGUAAGCGUGCAGCAAAAAAGCGAGGUUUAAUAUUUAAAUGAAAAAAAAAUAAUAAUAAUAAUAAAGGCGAAGAAAACGCGCAAAUGAAAAAAUCGAGAGCUCUGCCUAGAAAUUUUUAGUGUACAUCGUGCCCCUGUAUUUAGGUAUUAAUAACACGAUACAAAUUGAUAAUCAUGUUAUAAAAUAAAGUUAUAAAGAAUAAUUCAAGUAAUAUCAACGGCACCGUAAGUAAAUAUAUACGAUUAAUCUUAAGAUCGUAAAGUUAGGAUAUCAAAAAAAGAACUCAAUCGACGCGAAUCGUUCAAGCGAUAGUAUGGAGAGAAACGAACAGUUUAGAGAGCGUAUCAUGAAAUGAAACGCAAACAGAAGUGAUUUUGAUAAUCGUAUGAAAGACAUGAUGGAAAAUAAUGGAACCAUAGAAGGAAGAUUGAAGAAGAAUGGAAAAGUAGAGAAAACAUUGGAAUCAUCGGAUAUAUAUAUUAUAUAAUUUACGUAAAUGCGUAAUAUGUGCACAAUAACAUGCGAUAAAUCUUUGAGAAAAAAUAAAUAAAUAAAAAGGAAGGAUACAAAAAAUUUAAAAUUCAAUAAAAAUUUGUUAAUGGCAACGAAUGUGGCAUGAAAUAAAUUCCAAACGACGAUAAACUGUGAGAUACCUCAUCCAAUUACUUGCUUACACGAUGGAUUAAAAACAAGAUGAAGUAGCCCAACGUGAUAACAUUAUUAUUAUUAUCGUCGAUGAUGUAGUGUAUGAUUCAUAAUGAAAUGAAAAAAAAAAAAAAGUAAAUGUAGAAUGUUCUCGGUUAAAAAUUGGGUAGAUAUCGAUACUACCUGAAUUUUAUUGUAGAAUUAUUAUGAAAGAAUAUAGAUAAUCGAUGUAUCGAUCGAAACCGCUUUUAUCCUUUAUUCAGUAUCGUUGUGCGUGCUUAGUCGAUUUUUAUAAAAAAAAAGAAAAAGGUAAAAGAAAUAAUACAUACCACAUACACACAUCUAAUGUUUCAUCUCUAGAUGUAUUACUUGCUCUUGUCUCUGUAUUUUAAACACUAAUUGUGUAUCUCUUUCUCUUUUUGUAAUUAUCUUCAGAUCAUUCCAUCUUGUCGCUAACCCAAUUCACGAGAGCGAAUAAUUAGACCUAGAUAUCGAAAUUUAUCGUCAUUUGGAGGGGAUUAAAUCUGUCGUUUCUUUUAUCGGAUUCGUAUGCGUUCUCACGCUCCGUACUACUAUUAUUAACUACUAUUAUUGCAAUCAAUGCGAUUACACUGGAUACGAUCUUUUUCUGUAAAACCACAUACACACACACAGAAACACACACAUACGUGAAAGCUACAAAUAAAAUAAUUACAACUCUCUAAA